AUGAGUUUUUUAUUCCCUAAAAAUUUACGCAGCUGUGAUUUUAUGUUGUGUAUCAUUAUUUACGCCAUUUUUCUUUUUUCUAUUGUGUGUGUGUGUGUGUUUAUUAGUCGGUCUUUAUAUUUAUUGAUGGCGCGUGUCGGCACCACCGCUGCCGCUGUUGCCCGCUGCACACGACGCAUUCGCGCCCCGCUGGAUCACCUCAUCAUGAGUCCGUCUGACCCCGAUCAAGUCGUGACGGCGAUACGUACGACGGAUGCCGCCAUUGUCACAUGGUACAUGCCGCUGGCGGAACUUCAGCGUGUCCUGCAUCGGCGCUAUGAGGCGGAGCAGUUCGGCGAGCUGACAAGUCCGUCCACAACCUCGGUGUCCUCCUCGACGGGGCAACAGUCGCCAAACGAUGGCACGGCGGAUGCGUCCGAUGGUGCUGGUGGUGGGACUGUCCCGCUUGGUUUUUUGACGCUUGUGGCGGGGAGGAAUUACCCGCUGAAGCAGACAUGGCUGGAGCGUUGCUUUGACCCCGCGCCGCAUCCAACGCUGAGCCUUCGCGUCGCCGUGAUGGACCGCAUUCACUGGCAGCGCACCGCAUGGAUGGCAAAUUCCAUCUGCAGGAGCAUCUGUUGGGGGAGGCUCCCACAGAAAAUUUUUUCCGUCAACCUCGAUUGGAAGAAUGACGUUUGCAUAGAUGCCACCUUUGACGCCGCCGCGGACCGCUACACCGCGCCCUACGAACUACGCGUACCCGGCCUUGGCUUCCACCUGACGCUGCAGGACACGGGAACAACACUCCUUGACCCGACAUCACGGAUAGUGGACGGGUUCCUUGACAAUGAGAGUGCACUGCACCGUCUGUCGCUUGCCCGCGAGGUCAACAUGCAGGGCCUCGGUGGGUCUGUUUACCGACAGAUGCUCUGGAGCACCCCUUCACUGCCCAACAACGCAGAAGUCGUGCGUUUUGACCCUGGUACACUCUUCAAACGGUGUUUUGGCGUAGACCCUCCCGUGGCGAAGCCGGUGGCGGCGUGGUUGGUGCAGGAGGUGGAGAAGACGCUACUGUACAGAAUGGAGGGCGAGGUGGAAGACGAAAACGAUCCCAACAGUGCCACGACGUAUGGCGAUCGCUCCCUCACCGAGCGUGUGCAGAAGAAGGCGAUGAACCGAUACAACGGCUUCCGUGAUGAGGUGCGUGGAAAGGUUUACAGCGAUUUAGACGGGAGGGAGCUGCCACGGUAA